CCCUCCUCUCAUGUCGCUGCUCAUGACGCCGGUGACAGCAUUGAGCUUCCUUUACGACGGCGACAUGCAUAAAACCAGCACGUUCAGAGCUCGCGUUCCAUGGAUGCCCACCUCCCCGCCCACAUCCGCAACGCACUCCAACCCAACGUUCGCCGAGCGGCGCAGCAAGCGUCGCACAUGCCUCGCGCGCCGCCCUCCAUGAUGACCGGUCUACGGCGCCAGGUUGCCCCACCACCACCACCACCACCACCACCGCCUCCGCUGGCUCCUCCGCCAGACCCCGCUCCCGAUGCCGCAGCCAACCCCGUCGAGGGUGCAGAGGACGAUGGAGAGGCAGAGGCUGAUGACGACGCCGACUACAUGGAGAUUCGACUCGCUGCUACCCACCUGCCGCCCGUCUUCAGUCAGAUGGCCGCCGCUCACGUACCCGACGUUGGCUUUCAGCCUCCCGCCGUGCCAGAGCCCGCACCAGCUACGACCGACUACACCCCAGUCAGUCUCGCGGACAUUCCGGUCGUCGGCAAGCGUUUCGGCAACCCAGAGAUCCUCAGCAAGGCUGAGCAAACUGUCCGGCGCGCAGAAGAGAGGGCGCUCGCCAAGCUCGGCAUGACCUCCGAUCAGCUCGUCGACUCCGUCCGAGGCUCGGGAGACGACGUGCCUUCGCGUGUUGCACCACAGACCGAGGCGGUCAAGAUUCGCGCCGCUGUCCGUUUCGAGGCGUACUUUGAGCGCUGCUACCCGGGCCUCCCAAAGGAGUACGCCUGGCAUGCAAAGUCCAUCCUCGAUCUCACCCUCUCCUGGCUCGACUAUCAGCUCGUCAUCGUUCAAAACUCCAUGUCGCGCACCGAAAAGCUGCAGUCCAUGACCAUCGCCUGGUGGGCUCACUCGCACGUGUCCAACAUAAUCCGCGCCGCCGUCGAUCCCGUCACCAAAGACCGUUGCGCUGCGGAGAUCCUCGUCACCCACAGGCUGUAUGAUCGCAUGAUAGACCAGGUCGUCGCCCUCGCCAAAAAAUAUGACCUGCGACGGAAGCGGCCCAACAAGCUCUACUUUGACUACCCUGAAGUUGGCCAGAUCAUCGGCACCGUGCUGGGAGGGCGUCUAUCGUCCAACAACUGGAUGCGCGACUGCUACCGCAUCCAGAAGGUGCUCGUCAUGUUCUACUGUGGCUCGCGACCGAGCACCAUCGGAGACAUCAAUCCGCGUGGACAGCCAGACCCCGCCCGCAUGCUCACGCUCUCGAGCAUCCUCUGGGAGAGGGUGAGCGAAGCGAUGUUCAUCGCCCAGAUCACGUUCGACUCGUGCAAGGGUGCUCUCCACUCGCACAAUGUCAGGGAGCAGGUCAUGAAUAUCCGCUCCGUCAAUCGCCCCGAGUUCGUCAUGUUCGACCUCACCAUCUGGCUCCUCGCCACCCACUACCAUGAGGGAUACUUUGGCACAAAGUAUGGCGAUACCUUUAUUGCCUUUCUCCAGCACCCCGCCCGCGAGCGAACGUACCUGCCACAGUUCAGGAAGCGAGCAAUCUUCCCUGCCAUGAACAAAGGCGGUCGCACCUUCGACUACAACCAGCCCUGCUCUGCACGAGCGAUCACCGAAGCUAUCAACCAUGCCGCCGCCGCCGCCAUGCUGCCCGCCACCGGCUCCUACGUACUUCGCCGGGCUGGAGCGAACUGGAUCGCUGGUGUGAUCGGCCAUGUCGCCGCCCUCGACUUUCUCAACCACAGGGCGGUGGGCGAGACUGCCAUCCUGCGCAACCACUACCUACGCGGGGCCAAAGACUAUGACUGGACGGGCAUUCGGUUCGGUGUCGCAGACGGCAUUCUGCCCGAAAAAACAGAGCACCAGCGCGAAGGCCAUCUGCGCAUUUCCGUCGCGGUUGACGCUAUAUGCGUGGCAGCCAGUCGCUACACAGCUGCGGCUCAGCCGGGGACAGCCGCGACCGCGUCCGUCGAGGAACUGACCACGUUCGCUGCCCGCGAGAAUCACCUGGAGGUGAACGCGGCGGCUGAUUCGACUAUGGAGCAGACACAGGCCAUUGCCGCUCGUCAGGCCGUUGUCGACAAGAUUUACGCGCUAUUCACUGGCUACGACAAACAGUCCGUGCGCCCGGAUGCCAUCAGGAACAUGAUGAACAACGCCAAGAUCAGCGGGCACAAGACCUGCUACGUCGACGACACGCCCGAGAACCAGGCGCUGGCGCAGUCGCUAUACGACGAGUACCUUGUACUCAAUGAAAAUUGCGGCAAGGUGCGCAAGACCACACGCCACCAGGCCAGCCGAGGCGCGAUCAAGAAACGGAACAAGGACGCCAUCGAUGGCGUAAAGAAGGGCACCGGUGAGGAGCGUGCUGCCGCCGUACACCUCCUACGCGACCCAUCGGCGCCCAUCACGAACCUCAUCCUCCAAUCGCUCGCCGGCGACGGCCGCGACCCGGCGGAGCUCAUGCCAGUCCUGCAGGACGAUGAGCAGGGGGCGUUGCUGCUCAAAGAGGCCAAGCAGGGUCGGGGCAACCUCAAUCGCCUGCUGACCCGUCGUGUGGGCGGAGACGACGAGGAGGAAGAGGCGGACGGCGACUUUUCCAACCUGCCGCCACCCUCGCCUCACGCGACGCUCGCCGGGCUGGACAUGGUGCAGGCGUGGUUCGCCUUUGCCGCCAUUGUCUAUGGCCCUUUCUACACGAGCGCGCAGGAGCAGCCGCUGAUCGUCAUGGAAGGAGGGAAGCAGAAGUUUGUUUGCAACCGCUGUCUCAUUCUCGCCAGGCAUUGCGAGAAGAAUGUUAUCGUUAGCGCCUUGUACGUGCCCAAGUUCAAGGGUACGUACGAGAGCCUGAGUGCGUACGGAAAGCACAACAAGCGACUCCAUCACUUGUGGCGGCAAUUAAUUCUCGAAAUCUAUCGCACAAAGCAAGGCCUCGCGUGCCCUGCUGGAGACGCCUUCGCGUCCGACUACGUUGCCCUCGUCGAACACAUGCACACCAACUGUGCGCGCGCGCAGGAGUACCUCGCCAUCUACGAAGACUUCAAGACCAUCAAUCGCUCGCUCGCGUACUCCAAGGACAAGAGCACCGGUGAGCAUCUGGGCACGCUCAGGGGCAUCGGCAGGGCAUCAGGCAAGAAGGGCAAGAGCACGACCGCCAGCAAGGAUGCGACCAUCAACAAGGGCAAGGCCGGCAGCAGCAAGGGCAAGGGCAAGGCCAGAGACAACAGCGACCGCGGUGAUGUGUGCAAGCCUCCAACGCCCAUCCGUGCCGCUCCUCGUCCCCCGAUCGUCAUACGCAGCGCCAGCGACGAGGACAUCCACGGUGGACCCAGCGCGCCAUACCUCCUGUCUCCAUCCGCCUCUGCGGAGACCUCUACGGCACUCGGAUCGGGCGCGCAACCUCCUGCGGUGACAGACUUGACCGAGGUGCUGCCUGACUGCGACCUGGGCGGAGGACUGUCCGCGCAGGGCACCGACAUGCUUUUCGACAUCGCUCCCCCGGAUGUCAACAUUGAUCCCGCCCUCAUGGACAGCUGGCUCGCAUUCCUGGACGAUGACAACACUCUCGGUGACGCGAUGAUCCAAGACAACUCUGCCGCACUCCCCGUCGACACCUCCAGCGUCGAUCCUAUCAUCGCCCAUCAUCCGGACGACUCGGGCGACCCUCACACGCCUGCGUCUCAGGACCUCGCCGCAGCCCGUGGCGAUUCAAUCACGCCCUCGUCGUCGCCUCUUCCACCGACUGCUGCUGUGCUCAUGCAGAACGCGCUGCAGCGUGUAGACGAGCUGAUACAAGAUGAUGUUACUGAUCAACGCGCCCACGCCCUCCGCCAAUUCCUGGAGGAGGCGCUCGCUCGUCCGAGCGACAUCUCUGUUCAAGACUUGCAGGCGCAUGUGCUGCAUGUACCCGCGGACUCAUCCGCCCUCCAGGUCCACGAUGCCCUGGCUCGUGCCCAGGCUUUGAUGAGCGAGUACAAUGGCGAAGACCAGGCCAUUGCACAGGCUAUGGCACACGCAUUCGAGGUAGCUCAGCGGAUCCCCUUGACGUUUGGGGAGGACGAGGUAGCUGAUGCCCUUCGUGGCAUUGAUGAGCUUUAUCAUACAUCCUUCUACGACAUGUAGACCUGUGUAAUCAGAGAGUGUGUGAUAGUAAUGUACAAUGAUACGUGCUUGAUAACAAC